AUGUCGUUUCAGGUCUGUUUAUAUUAAUAUUUCUAGUCAAUUUGCAGAUGAGUCAGGCCGAGGACUUCAGUUUAUUGGACCUUGAGGAGAUCCUCAACUCCCGAGCUGUCCGAAGACUUGAGAUAAAAGACGAAAAUGGCCGAAUUCACAGGUUGAUCAUUAUUUUUCGUUACUUUAUACGUUUCAAAUUUCAGAAUCGUCGAUUAUAGCGAAAAAGACAUCUGCUUGAAUAACGUUCAGCGCCAAAAGCCGUUCGAAUACAGCUCCGAUGAUCUGCUCAAAAAGUAAUCAAUGAUUUUUUAUGGCGGAUGCUUUAGUUGAAAAUUAUUGGAUAUUCAAGGAAAAAAUAAUUGAAAAUUUUGCAGGAAUAAAGUGGAGCCUCAUAUCCGUGAUUUCAUUCUCAGCUACGAGAACAAUUACUCCAUUAUACAACGGAAUUUUAUACAGUAUUCGACACAAAAAGCUUUGGAACGGCUGAAAGAUUUGAGAGAACGUUCAGCCUGUUGUUUUGAUGAAGAAGGUGCAGAUAAACCAGUCAGAAGUGUCAGUCAGAUUGGAUGUCCGGCAGAUAUGAAGAGGACUUCAGCCUCAUCCGAAUUCUCGAUUCUUCAAGAUCAGAAAUUGAGUGGAUGCAACUCAGAUCAGAUCGAUCUUUCUGUUAUUUUCGAGGAUUCUUCUGCCUUUUUCUUGGACACUCAGCCUCGAUUACAAAGAAGAGAGAAACUGGUCACUUACCUGCCAUUUGACUCGGAUAUCCCUUUCAACAAUGAGGAGUUGACCAUCCCCAACGUGUUGCCCUCUCAUUAUUUGAGUGUCAAGAUCAACUCCUUCGAAAUCUCACCUUAUUUUGAACCUAUCUUUGGAGUGGCCGCCUUGUAUGACAUAAAAACCAGGACAAAAUUAACGGAAAACUUCUACUUCGACUUCAAUUCUCGUGAAAUCCUUGGCUUAAUCAGAGCGCAUAUGGGCCCGGAUGGAGAUGUUGUUAAGAUCAAAGAAGGACUCUUUUCCUACGAUGAAUUUAGAGAGAACGUGUUCUUGGUUAUCAGGCUGGAGAAGGUGCUACAAGCUGCUGAUCCCUCUGAAGUCAUCGAACCUUAUAUAAAUAAGGAAAAGACGAAAGAAAAGAUGAAUCAAAAUGCUCGAGAGUACUGUGAUCGCCUUGGAUCUUACAGAAUGCUGCUUGGAUGGACUUAUGUGGAGCUGAAGAAUGCGGUGAAUGAUAAAAACAAGGAGCAUGAGGUCACUCUGAAACAUCAUGAUGAAAUUUCCUUGGCCAGAACUGACACUGAAAGUGUGGUUAGCGCGGGUAAGUUAAAAUAAUCUCUAAGACCUUAAACUUGAUUUAUUUUAUGUUAUACUUGUUCAGAUCGAGUUUCCAAUUCAACCAUCGAUACAGUGCAACCAAAAGGGACUUCAAUCGAUCUGGAAGAAGAUACAGAUUCCUUUAAUCGAAUUGCAAAUGGAAUAAAAUUAAGGGUCAAGUCGAUGUACAGACAUGAAGGAGAAAGAGUUUCCGAUGAAGAGAUUCUGAAGGCAUUGGCUGAUAAACAAGCCGGAAAAUCAGUGAAAUUGAAGACAUUCCCAGUUGACUUUCGACUCGAGAUUACCAAAAAGGAGUUCCUCGAGUGUCCCAACAUCCAAUCGCCCGAACUUUGUACUGUAAAAGAAGACAAGAGCCAAGAGGAGAGUGAUCGAUCCCAAGUUAUCCUCUCCUUUCCCAAGCUUCAAACCUUUUCUGUCCAUUCCUUUUAUCGGUAUGGAAGUGACUUUUAGAUUAAUAUGCUUUAAUUACAGAAAUCUUCUCUACAUUCACCCGAAAUUUGUAAACUUCUCCAACCGAUCGGGAAAUGCGAGGAACAUUGCGAUCAAAAUCGAGUUAUUAGAUGCUGAUCAGAGACCUCAAAAGGUAUUCUUUGGAAAAUCGUCAGGCCCGAAAAUGCUCAGCAAGAUCUACACAAGUGUCAGUUAUCAUAACAAGUAAGUCUCAUUAUUGGGAGGUGUAAUGUUUGCCUUAGGACACCACAAUUCUUUGAUGAGAUUAAAUGUGAAAUCCCUGUGAAUAUCGAUGAUGGAUACCAUUUGAUGUUCACAUUUGUACAUAUAUCUUGUAAAGGAGGUAAAGCGAAUGAACAAACCGAAACACCCAUCGGAUAUACGGUAAGCCGUUAUGCGUAUCUUGAAUAUUAUUUUAUUGUCUACUAUAAAAUAACUGGAUUACAUUAGCCAUAAUUAAUAUAAAAUUUUUAGUGGUACCCUCUCUUCCAAAAAGGAGACAUUGAAUCAGGCGAUCUGAAUCUCCCAAUAUCCCUUGAACCCCUUCCCAAGAGCAUUGGCUAUGUCUCUCCACAUCUAAAUGUUCCCAAUAUCAAAUGGUUGGAUAAUCAUAAAUCCCUUUUCAAUGUCGUCCUCCAACCAGUGUCUACUGUGCAUUCCCAGGAUCAAUACAUCACGGAGUUCUUCAGAUCUUUCAGUGCUUUAAAGAGCCCAGAGUCGAAGAUUAAGUUUACAGAGAGUGAAUUCCAAAUUGUCAUCAGAAAUUUGGCCAAGGCUUCUCCGGAAGCGCUUUGUUCGUAUCUGUAUACGAUAUUUGACAAGCUGAUAGCACUGAUUUCAUGCCCGCCAUUCUCGAGUAAGUAUUUUGUUGUGUAAUAUUUAACUAAAGAGAAUUAAUUGAUCGGACAUUAUGCUUGAUCCUUUAAUAUAAUUUUUUAUCUUUUCUUUCAGCCAAAUUGAGUGAGACUUGUUUCGAAAUCAUUUGUCAGUUAGUGAAGCUCUCCACAGUUUUGUUUGACAACGACGUGGAUAAAGAAGGAAGAGGCCGUCUUCUAAAACAAUAUUUAAAUUUCCAUCGGAUCUCUUCGAAUGAAGUCUUGAUUCAACAACAAAUUAAUCCCGAAUCUCCCAGUAAAAGUCACAGAGAAAGCGCUGAUCUCAUCAAUUUGAUUAGUAAGCAGUAGUAUAAUGAGUAUGAGUAUUAAUUUUAGAAACUUAUGAGCAAAAUGUUUCGACGAAAGUGCUGACAAGUGCUGAUGAUGCCUUGGAUGGAUCAAAGAAGCUGUUCCACGAAGAGUUGACCAAUCUUUUUGUUCAUAUGAGCUCUGUUCUUAAAGAUGCGGCUUGCACUUAUGCGUGGUUCUUCACUGGAUUGAUUGUGGGUUUAAUUUUGAUAUUAUUUUAAUGUAAAAUUAACAUAUAAAAUAAUUUGUUGUGUUUUUAGGUAAAGUCAUGUGUGGAAUAUCUUUCCACAUGGGAUCGAUUUAUUCUCCCCAGAAAACUCCGAUUCCGCCCAGAAUUUUUGAAUUCGUUGUCAGAAAUGGUGACAAUUCUAACAGAAGAGACGAUCAGAAGAGCGUCGAAGAACAUGAUGCAGGCCAAGAACAUCAACAAAGCCCUCGCUGACUUUGUUUCCAACUGCUUCUGUUUGCUAGACAGAAGUUUUGCCAUGAAUUUGAUCAAAACUUACAACAAAGUGAUGAUGGAUAACGUUUCUGAGUCCACGGAUCCUCUGGAGACAACUUUAAUGACUUUGAAGCUUUCAUUUAUGCAAAUUAUCUGUUCCCACGAGCAUUUCAUGAUCUUAAACUUGCCAUUUGAUGUUAAUUUACCAUCGAAAUCGACUUUUUUCUCCUUGACUUUAUCAAACUCAGCCUCAGGGCAGAUUCCAAAUUAUAUUCCACAGGCUCCCCCCAGUCCAAGUGGAUCGUCCAGCCUCUCUAGUCAUUCCAUGUCCUAUGAAAGUAUCUCCCAUCUCAGUUCGAUGUACCGAUCUCAGCAUUACUUGUUGGCUGUAUUUUUUGAUGACAUGUCUACAGUACUCUACUCUUCAAACACAUUUUUACAGUCAAAGUGAGUGAUUAUUUUUGAGUUGAUUUUUAGAUAUGAUUUUAUUAUAUUGAUGUUGUUUUAGAGUAAUCCAGACAUUAUGUUCCCUCCUUCUGACCCAUGAAAUGGACGGCCGCUUGUCUCCACAGAAUCAGAAUCUCCAAAGCAAAGUAGCCGCCUUAUAUUUGCCCUUGAUGAAUGUUCUUUUGGAUAUAAAAAGGCUGCUUUUUGAUCCAUCCAAGAGAGAGAUGAUUACCAUGAAAGAAUCUAAAAGUCAUCAAAAACUGACGUCAUCUCUGGCCCUGGAUAAGAUACCAAUUGAACAUAAUGCUGUAGCGGGUAUACCGGAGUUGCUAAAACAGAAUAAGAACUCAACUUUGUCUCAGGAGCAUACAGUAAAGGUAAGGAGAAUUUAAUUUUUCUUUGGAAAUUUGAGUAUUUGAUAUAUGGUUCUUUUUUUAGCUGCUGGUAUGUUUUGGAUGGGUGCUGAAGAACGUGGACUCCUCGAUCCUCGUCCAUUACCUCCAGCAUCUCUCCAUCCAACAAAUGCAACUCUUCAUCGAACUUCUUUCUCUCUGUGUCUCCAACUUUGAAUACAAGAACAAAGAGAUCCUCGAGAAUAAUAUAUUCAGGAAACCUUCUGCGCAAUCGGAAUCCGGAACAGUUAAUAUAAAAUGGAGGCAGCAUAAAUCUGAUUCUUUUCCCAAAUUUGGCGAUGAAAAAGAUGCAAGAUCACUGGAUGGGGAAUAUGAUUUCUUAUACGAACGAGAGAUUACAUCGGAAAUGACGUUGAUUGUGUUAGAUACGGUCAGAAAGGUGGUCAAAGUGGUCGAGAGCCCCGCUGCCGAGCACUUCUUGUUCUUGUUGCCAAAAUUGAUCCAACUUUUGGUAAGAAAUAUUAUUUUAAGUCAUCAUUUUUUAACUUUUUUAUUAUUGUGAUUUUAGAUGCAUCUACUGUCGUGUAGCCACACCAGCAACACCAUCAGUGCCAUCUUCAAAGUUCAACGAGCAUUUGUCGCCCGAUUUCCCCAACUUUUAUUCGAACAUCACUCCCAGUUAUGUGCUGAUUUAUGCCUAAAAUUAUUACAUCAUCUUGCCUCCAAGUCACCAAUUACGCGAUCACAAGCUGCCGCCAGUCUCUAUCUCCUGAUGAGACAGAGUUUCGAAGGAUUCCUCAAUUUCCCGAAGGUGAAAAUGCAAAUUACAAUGGCAAUAUCAACGUUGGUCUCAAGUACUGCUAGUUCGGGUGUCCAUUUGAAUGAAGAUUAUCUCAGAAGAUCUCUAAAGACGUUAUUAGGAUAUUUGAAUCAUGAUUUACAAUCAGGAAAGCCGCUGAAGGACACUUCUUUUGGAAUUCAGGUAGGAAUUGUCAUGGAUAAUAUAAUGGAGAUUGUAGGUACGAGAUUUGGUCUUCAAUUUGCACAUGAUUUUGACGGAUACAGUCCAAAUGAAGAACUAUUCCAAUGACUUUGAAAUGCUCAUCGAUUUGAUGUAUCGAAUUGCGAAAGGAUAUCAGCACAACCCAGAUUUAAGGUAAUGAAAAUUGGAUGGUUAGACAAUUUUAGACUGACUUGGCUCAUCAAUGUAGCCAAUCAGCAUUCUGAUCGAGGGAAUCAAGCAGAAGCGGCCCAAUGCAUGCUGCACUGUGCAGCAUUGGUUAAUGAGUACUUGUCGAUGAAAGGAAAAGGACUUCCUGGAGGUGCAUCUGAGUUCAUGGCCUUGUCAUCGAACAUCGAAGAAGAGAGCGCCACUUCGGAUGACGUGAUAAGUCCUGAUGAAGAAGGAAUCUGUGAGAGUUCCCAUUUCACAGAAGCCGGAUUCCUCCAUUUGGUGGAGAAAACAAUCGAUUUCAUGGAGCGGGCCAAUAUGUAUGAGCAUGUCCAGAAGCUUUAUGAGGUGUGUAGCAAUAUUUUAUGGUAUUCGUCACAGUUAGCGUCUUUCAGAAAAUGUGUUUUUAAUAUCAUAUGUUUAGAUCAUGACCCCAGUAAUUUCUCGUCUCUAUUCCGUCCAAAAGAUCGCUGCGGUCCAUCUGAGAAUUAGCGAGAAUCUUAGCAAAAUCGAAGAAUCCAAUCUGUACCAAGAAGAACAAGCCGACGCUUUUCUCUCGCCCUUGGCUGGAACCGAUAAACGAUGUUUUGGAACGUAUUUUAGAGUCGGAUUUUAUGGUGAGAAGUUUGUGGAUCUGAAUGGAGAAGAGUUCAUCUACAAAGAGCCCUCGAUUACCAAACUGUCCGAGGUUUCUCAUCGCCUCGAGCAGUUCUACACUUCCCAAUUUGGAAUUGGAAAUCUGGAAGUGAUCAAAGAUUCGAACGAUGUGGAUCUGAGAAGACUGGAUGAAUCCAAAGCCUAUGUUCAAAUCACUUAUGUGGAGCCCUACUUUGAUAUCUGGGAGAAGAGAAGAAGAUCUACCCAUCUAAAGAGGAAUUAUGAUAUCAAUAGGUUCUGUUACGCAACUCCAUUUACUCGAGAUGGAAAAGCACACGGAGAACUAAAGGAUCAGUUCAAGAGGAAGACAGUACUCACUACUCAAUCCAGUUUCCCUUACAUGAAAACAAGAGUUAGAGUGAUAGAUCGAGAACAAAAAGUGUUAAGUCCAAUUGAAGUUGCGAUUGAGGAUGUCCAAAAGAAAACAAGAGAGCUGAAUGCAGCAACAAGCACGCAGCCAGCGGACCCAAAGAUGCUUCAGAUGGUCCUUCAGGGAUGUAUUGGAACUACUGUAAAUCAAGGACCCAUUCAAGUAUAUAAUUAUAUAUAUUACACUAGCCAGUUACAGUAGCAGUUAUAUUGAUGAGUAAUUAGUCCAUUAAGGGAGUACUUAUCCAAUUAGUAAUGAGAUUGCACUUGAUUUAUGGAUAUGAUUGGUCGUUAAUUUCAGCUAGCCAAAACCUUUUUAUCGGAUAUAAAGAUGAAUGAGUUCGGGAAACCAGCAGACAAACUUCAACAUAAGUUAUUGCUCUGUUUCAAAGACUUUUCGAAAAAAUGCAGCGACGCGCUUCAGAAGAACGAGACCCUGAUCCAGUCAGAUCAAUUCGAUUAUCAAGUGAGUGAUCAGGAACAAAGACGAAUUGUUUUCCCGUCGAGUCGAACUUUAGAGAUCAACAAUUACAUUACAUGCUUUGAUAGGUUUCAAAAAACAUGUGAAAAGCAUAUAGAGACAUGGAUUUUUCAGAAGGAACUUCGAAGGAAUUACGCCGACUUCACCACCAAGCUCACUCAAAUCGUAAUGGGACCAGUCUCGGCCGCAGAACUCACCCAAAAAUGUCAGAUGAACCCGCGAACCGACAAAACUCUGCCGGUCAAUCUUCACACAUUUACUGCUCAAGCGAUCUCACUAGCUGGAGACGAGGGCCCAGUUAGUCUCGUCUAA